AUGACCGUCGACCGCCUCAAACCAUCCGAAAAAUCACAACCUCCAGAACCGCAAAACCACCGCCAUUUCGACCCCUGGCAGUCAGCCUCAACUGGUCACCAGCGCGCAGCCGAAGGCGGUGGUUUCCUCGGCUCAACAUCAUGGCGAGAUGCGCGGUCAGCGAAACUGACCAGGCAAUAUCAGAGUGGGGAUUGUCUUCCAGGACGGGAAGGAGUAUUUGGCGGAGUGCGGAAUACAGCAACACGAGAGUCGACUCUCGUACCUGGCGCGUUUGACGGGAAAUGCGCGCAGUCGCCGCCUAAUGUACCCUCUUCCGGUGAAUGGGCUCUAGUUGCUGGAGAUGUGGCUAAACGGAAUGAACUCGGCGUUCAGGAUAUCCGGUCGUUUAUGGGUAUUAGCAAAAGGAAGGCCCCGGAUGAGCUCGAAAAAGAUACAAAGGUGGAGACGAAGAAGAUAAGAACUGUUGUUGAAGAAAACCGAAACCUCGGUCCAGCUCUAAAUUCGAAGAAAAAAGAAAUGGAAAAGGAAAAGCCUCAAAUAGAAGACGAACCUCAGCCCGAAUCUCGCCCUGGCGCAAUUCACGAUCUGAAAUCGACUUCGCAUAUCUUCGCCGGUGUUACGAUCUUCAUCAAUGGCUCCACUCUCCCCCAGAUCUCGGAGUAUAAGCUGAAACACCUUCUCGCGUCGAACGGGGCAAAGACUUCUAUCUACAUGGCCCGGAAGACGGUGACGCAUGUUCUCAUCGGAAAACCAAAUACCGGGGCUGGGAGUGGAGCAGCUGUGUCUGGUGCCGGAGGAGGCCUUGCUGCGGGUAAGCUCCAGCAGGAAAUUGCCCGUGGGGGGUGGAAAGGUCUGAAAGUUGUUAGUGUGGACUGGGCUCUCGAAAGUAUCAAAGCUGGACGCCGUCUUGCGGAGUCCCGAUUCCCCGGUAUGAACGUUGCGGCUAAGGGGCAACGGAGUGUUGCUGGAAUGUUUGGUGUGCAUCAGCUGAAGAAGUGA